AUGAAAUCCAUCGUAGAAGAGAGGCUCCUGCUACGAGACCUACCGAAGUUACAGAUCAAGUCGACGCCGACAACGACUCCCGCGGUGGAGACACAUAGCUCACAUUCCACAGAUCUGGCGAAGUCCCAGACUCAGAGUGCAUUCACCACUACGCAUAGUGCGAAGUUGCUUCCAGCUUUGAGUACGAGAGCAGCACUGACAACUUCAAGUAGUAGUAGUACUGCUGCUGCUUCUACCACUGCUGUAGUACGGGAGGCAAUUGUACUUCCAUCUGCAGAGGACAAUCCUUACAUUUAUCACGCUGAUGACAGGCCAGAGGGCACUGUCUUUAUUGCCGUCGGGUCGAUAGCAGCGUUUAUUGGUAUCGCCAUUGCUAUGUGGUGGGCAGUUACCAAAUACCUAUCGCACAAGUAUACAAAGGAGAAAGAACUCUUUGAUCAAAACAACUUGAAUUACAGCUAUAUGGAGAAGCAACAACGUUGGGGUGGUUAUAGAGUCGCCUCUGAUGAAUCGUUGUUUGGAAUUGACAGCAGUAAUAACGGUAGUAUUGGGGGGUACAAAGAACAAUUACUCACCCCAAUAGUUAGCAAUACUAGCAACGAUGACAACAAGCCCAGGUCUGAUAUCGGUGCUGCCUCGCCUUGGCAGGGACAUGGGGCUGGAGCGGUUGCCACUCAGCUCGAUGACAAUAUUUUACACACCCCUUUCAACCCAAUUCAAGACACUUUGCAAGUAGAAUCUAACAGAAGAUCAAUGUUUAUCUCUCCCACAAUAGAGCUAAUCCAGCAUCAACGAGGGAGGACAGCAGACCCCACCGGACGCCACUCCGUAUACAAUCAUAAUUCCGAGGUCGCGUUGGGCUCAAAUAUUACAGACGAUAAAACGGGAGAUCUGAAUGAACCUCGCAGGACAGCAUCCCCACAACGAAGAGCACGGGCGAGAGAGAGCCCAAAUAGAAAGAGUGGAUCCAAUUUGAGGCUGGUCCCAUCCCCAGUCAAACCUUUAUUGCCUAGGGAGCAUGACCUAGGAUUUCCAAAUGGAACCACGAGGGAAGGCGAUUUCAGAGACGGGACAACUUCCGGUAGCAGGAAAAAUGGUCAUAAAAAGACACCUUCGAUGUAUCUAGAUGACUUACUGAAGGAGUGA